AUGGAGAGGCUUAUGCUGUACCGAUUGUUGUGUGACUGUUCUGUUGCAUGUGAGCGUCACGUGUCCCAGUGUAUUACUACUGACAGGGACGUGUGUCUGGUGUGUGUGGCAGGCUACGGGAAUACGACGCCGCAGACGACGGCGGGCAAGGCGGUGGUGAUCCUGUACGGCUUCCUGGGCUGCUCGGGCGGCAUCCUCUUCUUCAACCUGUUCCUGGAGCGCAUCAUCACCCUGCUCGCGUGCGGGCUGCGCGCGCUCCACCUGCGCCGACUGCGCAGGCGCGACUACAUCGAUGACGAUAUCGAUGACUCUAUCCUCGACAACUGGAAGCCGUCUGUUUACUGGGUGAUGCUGUACCUGGCGGCGGCGUCGGUGUGCGUGGCGUCGUGCGCGGCUGCCGUCUACUCGCCCGUCGAGGACUGGUCCUUCUUCGAGGCGCUCUACUUCUGCUUCGUCUCCUUUGCCACCAUCGGCUUCGGGGACUACGUCACCACGCAGCAGGAGCCGGACUACCCGCACGUGCACUGGUACCGGUUCGGCAACUUCGUGUUCCUGGUGCUGGGCUGCUGCUGCAUCUACUCGCUCUUCAACGUCACCUCCAUCGUCAUCAAGCAGUUCCUCAACUGGCUCAUCGUCAAGCUCGCCUGCCGCGGCGUCUGCGGCACAGCCGGGGGCCCGCGCAGGCCGUCCGUCAUCGCCGUCCGCAAGGGCUCACAGCGGCGGCGGCGCUCGUCCUCGGUGCGGGGGCGGCGUCGGUCGUCGGCGGGCCUCCCGCAGAACCUGCGCCGGCCGCCGCCACUGGCAGGCGUGCUGAGCCGGGGGGCGGCGCCAGUGCCCGUCUGCAGCGCCCCCACCGCCUCCAGCGCCUCCGACGCCGACUCUGACACAGAGGCGGGAACCUGCGGCGCGGGGCCACGCAGGCUCUCUGGGGAGCUCAUCUCCAUGAAGGAGUUCCUGCGUGCCAACAAGGUGUCGCUGGCCGUGAUGCAGAAGCAGCUUUACGAGACCGCGCAGAUGUCGCGCGCUGGCCACGUCACCAGCGGCGGCGCCUCCUCCUCCGGUCGGUUCGUGCCCGGCACCGUGGGGCCGCUGGCCAUGCUCAGCCAGAAGCUGGACACCAGCGGCAGGUAG